GACAUCACAUAAAAUAGUUUUCAUUUAUUGCAUAAAUUCUAUUGAACAAGACACAUACAUAUACACACACAAUCCCAAGUUCCAUAAGUCAAAUUUGAAAUGAAUUCUAUCCAAGUUAUAAAAAGCAUAACCUUUGAUGUUCUUCGCUCCGAUCUUGGUGGCCCGUCGGUCCCUCACAUUUCAGAGGUGCUGUAGGACACGGAGUUCUUUUGAGUCAAGGAGGCAGUGUUUGUUAAGACUCUCGAGCAUCCAAUGAACUGAAGGCUGCCUCCAAAAAAACGCGUCCAUCAUCCCUUUCCACCCAAUGAGCGUCGUCGGUGGGCGGAGCUCAGGUGCGCGCUGCUGCGUCCACUUGGCAAAGAGCCUGGGAGACGCCUGUGGCAAAAGAGUAACUGUCAAAUGCAAGGUUCUUUUAAUAGGAGCGAUCAGUCCGGCUCCGAGAGUCAUGGCGACUACAGCAUCCAGUCAUUACAAUAUCCUCACCUCCAGCCCAUCUAUUGUACACUCGGAGCCUGGAAGCAUGCAGCAAGCCACGGCUUACAGGGACGCGCAAACCCUGUUGCAGAGUGACUACUCGCUGCAGAGCAACAGUCACCCGCUCAGCCACGCGCACCAGUGGAUAACAGCCUUGUCACACGGAGAAGGAGGUCCGUGGUCGUCCAGUCCCCUCGGCGAGCAGGACAUCAAGCCAGCGGUGCAGAGUCCCCGGGACGACAUGCACAAUUCCAGCAAUCUACAGCAUCAGACGCGGCCACCCCAUCUGGUACAUCAGACGCACGGGAACCAUCACGAUUCAAGGGCAUGGAGAACGACGACGGCGGCUCACAUACCCAGCAUGGCCACGUCGAACGGACAGAGCCUUAUUUACUCGCAGCCCGGCUUCAGCGUGAACGGUCUCAUCCCGGGCAGCGGCCAGGGCAUCCACCACCACAGCAUGCGCGACGCGCACGAGGACCACCACAGCCCACACCUCAGCGACCACGGCCAUCCACCGUCCCAGCACCAGCACCAGCCGCACCAGAGCCACCACGACCACUCGGACGAAGACACGCCGACCUCGGACGACUUGGAGCAGUUCGCCAAACAGUUCAAGCAGCGGAGGAUCAAGCUGGGCUUCACGCAGGCGGACGUCGGACUAGCUUUGGGAACGCUCUAUGGAAAUGUGUUUUCGCAGACCACAAUUUGCAGGUUUGAGGCCCUGCAGCUCAGCUUCAAAAACAUGUGCAAGCUCAAGCCUUUGUUGAACAAGUGGUUGGAGGAGGCAGACUCCACAUCUGGCAGCCCCACGAGCUUGGACAAGAUAGCUGCGCAGGGGAGGAAAAGGAAAAAGAGGACUUCCAUCGAGGUAAGCGUAAAAGGGGCUUUGGAGAGCCAUUUCCUUAAGUGCCCAAAGCCCGCCGCGUCGGAAAUUACUUCGCUGGCGGACAGUCUGCAGUUGGAAAAAGAGGUAGUGAGGGUUUGGUUUUGUAACAGAAGACAGAAAGAGAAACGGAUGACUCCUCCCGGCGGACCUCUGCCGGGUACCGAGGACGUAUACGGAGACACGCCGCCGCAUCACGGGGUUCAGACGCCAGUUCAGUGAGAAAAGACAAAAACAAUACAUAAACAUGGACACAUCUUAUCAUACUGACUGCCUCAGUCUUCAUUUAUGAUUAUGUUCACGUUGGAGCUAUCCAAUGUGAAAGCAGCUGCGGUUUAGACUACUGAGGCGGGAGAGCAGAUUAUAUCCGUCUUCAAUGUUACUCAAAAUUCGUACUGCUGCCACAGAGGGGAACGUGCGUUCCCCGCGCGAGCAUAGAGAACGGUUGUUCUGUGAAUACCCAGCACUGUGAAAAGACGCAGUUUUAAGGUGUAACCCUACUAUUUAUCAAACACUUUGAGACGAGCGAAAUGUCCCUCAAACGCGAGCAUGGGUAUCCCAUAGCCAGUUGUUUACAUCUAGACGCACUCACUGCAUUUCUUUUGCGGAAUUAGCCUGAAAAGUGACUAGUGCUGCAGCAUUUGACAAAUACACGCCGAUUUUACUUUUGUUGUGGGCGACUGAGGGUGAACAUCGGUUCGAUUGAAAAAAACAACAUCAGUGUGACAUGCAUCCACCCACAGUAUUCAACAAUUUUCUUGGGAUCAAAAAGCCUGUAUGUAUAAUAAUAAUAAACAUUUUAUUAUUAUUAUUAUUAUUAUUAUACAUACUGCAUGGUUAUGUACUACCAAUUCUCAUAUCAUGGAGACAGUGCGGUGCAAGGUCACACUAAACAGAUGUUGUAGUCUUGGCGCCAAGAAAUUAGUCGCACACAAUUGAUUCUGGUCUCUUUCUCUGUUUUAUCAAUACGGAUGGCUCUAAAUUGAAAAGAAAUAAAAGGAAACUUCCAGCAUCGAGCUGCAGACAGGUCACCGAAGGGCUAGUGACAGAAAUCUGGCAUUUCCCUCGAUCUAGUCACAUUACCAUAAAAUAGAAUUGUUUCACAGGUCUCCACACAGUGCUGUAAAUAUUGUAUAAUUUUUAAAGGACAUAGCUAUUCUCUCACUUGAGCACUUUUUCGUAUUAUUUUGAAUUUGGAAAAGAUUUUAGAGCUUUUUGUUUAUUUUAUUUUGGUCUUAUUUCUUUAACAUUCGAGUCCUGGUACAUUUUGCCUUUAUAUUUAUAGUCAUUUAGCCGAAUAUUGCUUGCUAUCUCUUGCGGAGUUGCUUUUUAACCCACAUUCAGCUGCUUUUUUAUAUAUAUAUAUAAAUUAUGAGCUGACUUUACUAUGUUUAUGUUUAUGUAAACAAUGUUCAGACUCCAACAAUGUUAGCACUAUUUUCUACCCAACGAAUUCAAUAUUAUAUAUCUCAAACAUUUGAAUGUCUUUUUAAAUUAUUUUGAAAUGGAGAUUAUUUACACAGUAUCGUGGAGAAUGGAAAAAGCAAGUGAUGUGACCUGCAAUAUUUUAAUUUGAAGUCAGAGGAAUCUUCAUUAUUUCAUAUGACAAAGCGUUUUUGUGUAUUUUAUAUUUCUUUAAUUUAUCAAGCAUAUCAUUUUGUAACACGGGCACUGUUAUUAUUAUUAAUUAUUCUCCACGUUUACCCCAACAUCAGAUCUAUACAGUAAAAGUAUACUUGGACUUUGGAUUUAACUGUGUCUGUUCUUAGCGUUUUUUUUUUUUUUGUGCUUUAUGGUUCUUCAUUGUGUUGGUUCCGGUUCGCAUUUAUAAGGACAUAAUGCAGUGAUGUUUUAGGCUACUGAAAAUGUAAACACUGGAAGAUUGGAAAAAUUGGAAGAUUUCUCCCAGGGGCUUGCUAUACGUCACUAUGUGUAAAUACAAUACAACAAUCAGAAAUUAUUAUUAUUAUUAUUAUUAUUAUUUUCUUAUUGUAUUAUUUUGCUUAUAUUUUAAUUCACAUUUUGGUGUAAAUCUAUUCCACAGAAAUUCUAGGGACGUCUGUUAUUAUCUUUCUACUUUUUUGUUUUUCAAAUAGCCUAUUUACAUAGAUUAAUUGAUCAAACUGUCAUGUAAUUCUACAAAUACUGUGGAGCUAUUUAUUUGUUGUUUUAUUUACUCUGUCAGAAAGACACCAUCAAACGUUGAACUGGAUGAUUUUGUGGGUAUAAUAAAAUGCGCAGAGGUUGUGAUAGAAAUCGGA